AUGCUCGGCUUUCAGCCGUCAGGUUGCUCCUUAGAAGACCAGCAAGUGUACGACAGGUGUAGUCAAUAUCUUUCUAAGCUGCUAGAUUUCGGGACGGUCUUCACAACUCAGGAGUUUUCCGAGUUAGCUCUUUCAAUAAGUAGGAGUGACUUGACGAUCAUUCUUUCAAAAGAUUCACCCUUACUUGUGCAUGCACUCAAGUACGUAAGGCUUGUAUUAAUGUACCACAAGAUACACGUUAACAUGACGUUUUUGCUAGCCAGAAUGCUUUCUCUAAUCAGCUCUUUGAAAGGCACCCCAGAGCAAUAUGUGACUGCCCUAGAUCUUACCAUUGAUAACCUGUAUUUACUGUUGGUGUCUUCCGAGUCGAGGGACCAACUUGUCAAUUCACGCUCAUUCAUAGAUCGCUGUGAUGCCGCUACAACGGAGAAUCCGUCGAUCUUUGGUGUUACUGUCGAUCCGUAUCAGAUAGUUUCGGAUUUUGUAACGUUUAUCAAAGAGACGGAGUACUUUACGAGCACAUCUGUUAGAAACCUUGCUUUCAAAGCAGCUAACUUUUUGCUUUCCUACAUUGUUGCCCCAUACUUCGACCAUGAAGCAUCGGAGCGUGCCCGUGUAAAGGUGGGGUCAUGCCGCUAUGUGACCUCCCGGGCCCACGAAGCCGAAAAUCACUUGUACUUAAUGUCGUUUCUAUUCACUGCUAUGCAGGGUUCACGACUAGUCACCCACCUCGUUUACCAAAUUCUGUCAUAUACCCCUGUUGUAGGUCUCUACAAUGACGCGCUGCCACACCCAUCUAGAGGGAGUUCAUAUGGCAAACUUGGGCUUUUGGGCCAAGAGUAUCGUGCGCCAAUGAAUGGAGGGUCCUACACUGAUAGCCACGUUGCUGGGUGUCCCAUCCCACCUCGGGUGCCUACAAUUCCAGCCCCCAGCAAUCAAACCCAGCCAAUCAGAUCCUCGCAAGUAUCCAGCACCGCUCCAGAUGCACUCAAGCUUCCACAGUUCUAUUUGCAGAUGUCAAGCAGGUCUUCUAGAACGCACAAUUGCACGAGUGCACAUAUACCGCCUGUGACAGUUAAGAAUCUAGUGUUUUAUCCCUUUCUGUCUUGCUUUACAGAAUGCUUUGUUUUUUGUAGUAGCUGCCAGAGCAGGCUUUUACCAACAGCCUACAAAGACAAGUCAGAGGCUAAUGUUCAGGCAUCUCGUGAACGAAUAUUCACAUGCGACCGUUGCUACUCCAGCUCUCUUCUUGAACAGCUCUUUACAGGUCUCCUGAAAGCGCUGGAGCUCAAUUCUUCCCGGGGUAAGGAAGUUAUUAGCUACAAUGACAUUAUAGCCCUUUUUGGGUACAUCUUCGUCUGUCAUCAAGCUCUCUUAACAUACACGCGAUCUAAGAUGCUUCUGGGCACAAGUUGUCGCCAAAUUCAUCUUAACUUGCGCCACAAACUUCUUCAAACCCGAAGGCUUGCCACCUCUCUUGAUGAAUCUUUCUCGAUUGGGGGCUUUUAUAAGUCUGAGGGUGCUGCCUAUGCCAGAAUCCACAAGCUUAAAUCAGCCAUUGAGAACGAAUACACAUCUGUUUCUGUUCCCUUGUCAACAGAUUUUCCAUUCCCUUCCCCGUUUUCUUUGUUGGCAAGCACAGAGUGUACAUGCAACAAGGCCCGGUCCCUCCAACCGCAGAAGAUCAUCAUAAAUAGCACCCAGGAGAUGCUUAUGGAUGCUGGUCACCUUCUCCUCAAGAAGCCCAUUCUGUCUAAUAACACUUUUUGCGCAAACCGGUUUGUUGCUGAUGUACCAGUGUGGGAGCCUAAUCCCCUCUGGUCUGAAUGCGAUCCUUUUGAACUGUCCCUCACUACCAUUCUCCUUGGGCUCACCAAGGGAAAAUUCCUACUGUACCUUAUUCAGCAUAUGAAUAGCUUUGUCUGUGAGCUUGAAAAAAAAGUUACAAUCCGUGACCUUCCCUGCCAGAAGGUCGAAACGCACUAUGCGCGAACUAUUUAUCACUACUCGAUGUUCUUAGGCUGUUUGCUAGAUUUCUACUUUAGUUAUAACUUCUCAAAAGUUAUCAACAUGUUGAUUUCUACGACUACCGCAGAAAGAACACCCACACCAUCCAGUAAUGAGCUCAGCGCGCAUCACCAAAUCACCAUCUCUAAAGAAUGCAUAGACUCCAUUACUUCUACCCUCUCUGCAGCUCUUGAGAUAGCGAAGGCAUUGGAGAGGGACCUGUUCUGCUGUGAAGCAACAGAGGAGGUCUAUUGUCCUGAACUGCAGGAUGACUAUUGGAUCUUGGAGAUAACAGCACCUGCUAGACUAUACAUUACAACCAGGAUGCAGCCGGUGUGUGACGGUGUUACUAUCACAGAUAACUAUAAGGGUUUGCUGACUAAGCUAGUCACAAAGCAUACUGAUACUACCCUAGUUUCUUCAAGAAGCGUUCUCUGUGACUUGUUGAUAGAAUCAGCCACGAAGAUGUUCGCUACGUUGACGAAGAAAGCAUUUCCAAUUCUCUCCACCAUCCAAGAUGCUGCUGAGCUUGACUAUAUGAUUAACUCCCAUUUGAAUGCAGACCCUGGCUCACAGAAUGGCACAGGUAUGGGCGCAGCCUCAAUGAACGAGUCCCUUAGUCACACGCUGAUCACAGGCUCUGGGUUCAAUGGUUUGAUUAAGGCAGAGGUGGGCGAGCAGACUGUGUCUACGUCGCGGCUAUUGGGGAGUGGUGCCAUUGCCACACAAUCUGGGUAUAACAAUGUAGACUUUGACCAGCACUUAUACCAAAAGAUGCGCUAUGACUACUCCAGGAGUUGGAAGGAUAUCGUUAUGAGAUUUCGCAUGACCAUGGUGCAAUGUAUUUCGACCGGCCAGAGCUACAAUCCUCCAUCGAGUGCAGGGAUAGAUUGCAAUAUUCUAAAGAAGAGCAUCAUUGGACCCCCUGGUACACAUCCCUUCAUACGCAAUAAGCCGUUGGGCCAGAUGAUGCCUAUGAUUCAAGCUUCUGCAUUCAGAAAUAGAAUACUAAGCUUUUUCUCAACGGCGACAGACUCUGCGGUUCUCCACAAAACAAUCGGUUUGCCAUACGCCAUACUGCCGCGGAAAUUCGCGUCUCCAAUUAUGCGCCGCAUACCUUAUGAGCAACGACCGGAGAGGUUAUAUCUCCAUUCGGCCCUCUCUACUUUAUGUAUAUCCGCUACUAACUCUCUUCACACAUUCUGUACUAGUGGAGCAUCUCAGUUAAACCUGGACCCAUCCAAAUUUGUGCACCCGUCGCUGUGGAUGUAUUACUCCAUUCACUACAUACAGGAAAGCAAGUACACACUGCGCUUCUUUGGAAGCAAUUUAUUUAAAAACGAACCCUUUGAUGUAGAUCGCAUCAGAGCGUCUGCAAGUCUCUUCAACGUGAAGCUCGCCUCAGAGUCCCGCCUAUAUUGGUCCUACAUCUGUGAUUUCCUAUCAUUGUCUAUGGGUCCAUCGUAUAAGUGCCUGCUCCAUCCCAGUGACUCGUCCUUUACUCGUAUUAAACUGGAGAAUGCGAAAGAUAAGCGCCAGUCAGACCAAGCUAGCAAAAGCCAUGAAGAUACUGUUAUUCUUGACUAUAUGCAGCACAACACGGAAAUACCUUCCAUCGCUACAUCAUCCUAUCACGCUCAGUCUCUACAUGUUGUAGAAUCUGACACCCAUAGCCUUGGUACAUGUAUGCACAAUCAAGAGUCAGCAACCGCAAUAGCACCAGCGAUUCUCCAGCAUAACAGACUUCAUAUCGCAGCAGAUGCCUCGUAUGCCGAUUGCUUCAACGUCUCAAAAGUUUCUGGAGUGAUGGGAAUGUUGAGUCCUUCGCAAUCUUUCUAUGAGCACCCAGCUCUCUCUCCCCAUCGGUUCCUGACAGAGCUCGCUCUGUCUGGAUCUGAAGCAGACCUUUUCAGUAGCGUCAUCUCUGGCACUUCCGUUUCGUCCAUUCAAUGUUUUGAGCUGCUAGAAAGCUUUCUAAUAACGCAAAACUUGGAACUAUCCGAGCUUCUGCUUAAGUUUUCAUUGAUGCACAGUUUAUAUGUACGUGAGCUCUUGCCUUCGGAGACUGUCCUCCUUGGUGAGGAUUCAUUUUCUGGUCUAUCAAGUUAUGUUCUGUUUCAUGACUUCUACCUGGCCAUGCAUGACAUGAUGCUGUAUGCUGACAAACCAGUGGAACCCUUGCCGCAGACGCUAGAGCACACCCCAUCCAAAAGCCAACGAUCUCUGCUAAAAGUCAGGGAGUCUUCAACCUGUACCAAUCGCGAAUCCUGUGUCACUGCCGAGUUAACCGCAGAACUGGAUAUGGAUCAGCCACAGGUGAUACCUGGCUCUUCUACAUCAACUACCUCCGGUAUCUUUCAUCCAAACAUAUUUAUGGAUAAACCGACAAGCAACAAGCAUGCGUGCCUUUAUUAUGAGCCGAAAGCUACGGAGCACCAGCAGUACAUGAUGUGCGGACUGGACACGCUUAACACGCCUCUCAUCCCCGUCAGUGUGAUUACCCAGAUAUUGGCCAUCGCUGAUUACGAUGAAAACUAUGGGAUAGAUGAAACAAUGGAUUCAGCUGGCUUCUGUCUGGGGCUUCACACGAUAGAUGUGCUUGCGCAAGCCCUCAAUACUCGCCCGAUCUUAGCUUACAAUACAACACUUCUGCGCUUUAUUGCCAGCAUUUUGCGUACCUUGUCAGGAUGCAUUAAUGCAUUGAGCUUCCGUGAUUAUGCUGCCCAGCUGGUGUUUUGCAACAUUGUUUCCUUGCUGAUUUCUCAAUACGGCUUGACACACUUAGCAAUUACUCUAGCAGAAGUUACAUUGGGGGUAUAUAGCUCCAUUUGCGACCAGCCCAGUAGUUUCUAUAGGAAAAUGCGUCUGGCGAGCAGCAUUGACGCAUACCUGAAAGAAUUUGGACCAAGCCUGGGACACGCUGAUGAGUACAUACACUUUGUCGAUCUGACACAAGGCAGAACAAGAAUUCCGCUAUUCUCGACUCUAUUCGAUGCAGACCCAACCCUGGUGGUGGAGGUAUCCACUGGGAACGUUGUCGUCAUCAACUUAGAGAUAAAGUCGCUUCUACUCGUGCCAUUUUCAGUAUACAUUACUGCAAAAUGGUUUUAUAUGCAAUUGCAUGCAAUAAUCAUCCGCUAUGCCAGGCUUUUGUUGAAGCUAGACCUGGCAGAUCUAACGCGAGUUUGCGCUGCCGAUAACUGUGACUAUGGGCCCAUGAUAAGGUACAUCUCUGAUUACUCUUCCAUGAUAACAACACUCAGCACAUACCUCCGGGAUGACCACCUCCAGCGUUUAGCGAUAGACAACUGUGCUGAUGAUGCAUCUGACCAAGAGGGUAGACAAGCAGCUCUUCUUCUAAAUCCUCUUGCUAUCAUGCAACAUAAGUACUUCCUUGCUGCGUUCAGGGACCCCCAGAUGCAGCUCUAUGUUCAUGUGUCCAUAGCUGUUCAAACCACAAACAUCCGCCAGGUGGUCGCGUCCCGUCGUGAGGCGUUAAAGAACUUUCUGCUCAAGCACUUCUUCACCCGCCUAACAGUGCUCACAGAGCAGUACAUACAAUAUGAAAAGAGCUUUCAGCUCAAGACAGCAACCACUAACUACCGCAAUCCACUGCUUAAAAAAUCCUCCAUUUAUACCCUUGCAACUGUGGGUAUUGAUCCUAAGCCUCUCCUGCACAAGGGACAACUGCAGGCUACCAUUAGUAGCUAUCAAGAGGCUUCUAAGCAUCUUACACCUGACGAUAAUGCUUACUUCGAGGAGCUUCGCCGCUCUAUAGACAGCUCGUUUGCCACAGUGUUUGCCACUGAUCACAGCGACGAAGGCUUUACGCUAACUUCUGCUCCUAAGCCCAAGCAGGACGCCUUAAAGGACGCCCCUAAUCGCCUCUUUCCUUCCACCACUGCAUCGGCAAAUGAGCUUUCUCUGCCCCUUGUUGACUAUCUUAUUAUGCUCGAUGGACUUCUCCUAUCUAUACACGCCACUGCUCCAGACAUCAACAUUGGCCACGAGCUUUUGGCCGACCUUUGUUUGGUUAGUGCGUCAGGGGCAGUUUCUCUGUGGACAAAGCAUGAGCAAGAAUGCACUCAUUAA